GCGGAGCGCUUGGCUCAUCCACACUGCGGGAAUAACCCGGUUUGACACCGGUUUAAACAGCCGAUGCUGUGGAAUCAAGGGAUUUGUGCUUCCCUGUGCCAUAAACAACCCUGGUUAUAACUGAUGCUAUUUCAUCUCCCCCCAUCCCACCCCUGGUAGGCGGCAAAGAGGGGCUUCUCCUCUCAUUGGUGAACCUGCCAUUAUGGAGCUGCAUCAGACGGAGAGAAGUCCGCUUUAUUUUGGCAGUGAGCAAAAAGAGCAGCAAGGAGACGGAUGCUGCAAGAGAGAGGCAAGGGCAAGAGAUCCAUUCCACCAAAGCAGGACCGAGAAGAGAACUACUGGCAAUGGGGAUCCUCUGCAUUCCUGUAGGUCCUUUUGCUCUGGAGAUGCUACCCAGAGACCCUGGGAUCUGAGGAUGAUACAGAACAGAACCAGGAAAGGUUGAUGGCCAUCACCAAUAGGCUCAAACUGGAGAGAAAAGAACCUGCUCUGUGAAAAGAGAUCCUUCAUCUCCCUCAGCUCAUCAUACCCUCCUUCCUUGCUGUAUAUCUGGACAUGGAAAACAGUAGCAGCAGCAGCAAGUUGGACAACCCCACCAACGUAUCCCUGGCGCAUGCCGAUGCUGCGUUAGGCCUACUGGAAUACAAGGCCAUCUCUGUCCUCCUGGUGUUGGGGAUUUGUGGGGUCGGCAUUGUCGGCAACGUCAUGGUGGUGUUGGUGGUCCUUACCACCCGUGACAUGAGGACUCCGACCAACUGCUACUUGGUCAGCCUGGCCAUGGCAGAUCUGAUGGUGUUGGUGGCUGCCGGUCUGCCCAACGUUUCUGACAGCCUGACGGGAACAUGGAUUUAUGGGUUGGCAGGUUGCCUUGGCAUCACCUACUUCCAGUAUCUGGGUAUCAAUGCGUCAUCCUGUUCCAUUACGGCCUUCACCGUGGAAAGGUACAUUGCUAUCUGCCACCCAAUAAAAGCCCAGACGAUGUGCACCGUGUCGCGAGCCAAGCGCAUCAUCACCUUCGUCUGGGUGGUCACCUCGGUGUAUUGCCUGCUCUGGUUCUUCCUGGUGGACAUUGCCGUCAACAAAAGUCAGCAACUGGAGUGCGGCUACAAGGUCUCCCGCAACCUCUACCUGCCCAUCUACCUCCUGGACUUUGCCCUCUUCUUCGUCACCCCAUUGUUCCUCGCUACCAUCCUCUAUGGGCUUAUUGGGAGGGUCCUCUUCCACAGCCCCAUCUUGCAGCCACCCACUGCCCAUACUGGCACAGUAAGGAAUGGCACAGAUGCCGACCAGAACAAGAGCAGCAGCCCAAGGAGCAGAGUGCAUGUCUCCUCCAGGAAGCAGGUCACUAAGAUGCUGGCUGUGGUGGUGGUCCUCUUUGCCCUCCUCUGGAUGCCCUACCGGACGCUGGUGCUGGUGAAUUCCUUCAUGGAGCGCCCCUACCUGGACCGCUGGUUCAUCCUCUUCUGCAGGAUCUGCGUCUACGCCAACAGCGCCAUCAACCCCAUCAUCUACAACGCCAUGUCCCAGAAGUUCCGCCUGGCCUUCAAGAAGCUUUGCAAGUGCGGGAAGGAGGAGCAGCAGAGGCAGCUGCGGCCACCCAGCUUCUACAUCGCCACUGGCAGCCGCAGCAUGAGCAAGGAAGCCAACGUCCACCAUGAGGAGCACAUCAAGGCUAGGGCACCAGAGGUGCCAGCAGAAACAAAGGAGGACUCAGAUGCUUGGGGCCAGCAGCAUUUGGCAUCCAGGAAGAGUGAGAAAGAGAAGGGACCUUAUUUCAGUGUCCUCUGAAUGCUCUGAAGAUCCUGCCACCUUCUCCCUUGGGUUCUCCACUCCAUUGAGAACAUAUUUCAUCUCUCCUAGGAUAAGGAGAUGAGGCCCAGUGUGAUGUAGUGGUCUGAGCAUUGGACUAUGAUUCUGGAGACCAUGGUUUGAUUCCCUGCUCAGCCAUGGAAACUCACUGGAUAACCUUGGGCAAGUCACAAUUUCAGCCUCAGAGGAAGGCAAAAGCAAAUCCGCCAUAACAAAUCUGGCCAAGAAAAUCCAACGACAAGCUCGCUUUGGAGUCGUCUCGAAGUAGGAAUUGACUUAAAGCCACACCACAAGAAGAACAAAGAGAUAGCAUUUCCGUAACUUAAUGCAAGCUUUGCUCAUGACCCACUUCGACUGGAAUGAUAUCUUUGGCCUGGAACAUAGGAAGCUGCACCAAAUCAAAACUUUGCUAAUGUUCUACCAUAGUAUUAUUGACUAGGAAACCAUGACUCUUGAGAUCUCAAGCCAAUCUGACCUGGGAUAAAAAGAAUAGUCAAUAAUAUUGGGGAAAAUGGUUAAAAAAUGUGUUUUGCAGACAUUAGGAAACCCUGGUGAGGAGAGUCCUGGAGCAGUGAGACUCUUCAGAGUUCAGGACCUAUUCUGUGCAAAAUACACAGACCUUCCAUUUGUAGGAGCAGUCUAGCUCUGACUAUAAAUGGAUAGGGACAGCUAUGAAUCUCUUACUCCAUUGGAAAGAUUUAUUUGACUGGCUGCUGUUAAAAGGGGAAUUGGGUACAGAUGUGCAAUGGCCUCUCCCGAUUUGGCCAAGACAGUUCCUAUUAAACCUCUGCCGUCCCACUUUUUCAACUGUUUUAAACCUGUCCCAGGUUUCCUCUUCUGCCCCACUUCCUUCCAUUGUCCUCAGCUUACUUCAGUUGCUGCAAACUGAGCCCAAAGUGCAAAAGUAGUCUGUACUCCAUAAACAGUUCUGGGGAGAGAAGAUGGAACCUUGCCUUUCCCAAAUGGAUCACGCAAAAGCAAACUGCCGCAGCCUUUCCUGGCUUAUCUGUUAUUGAUCUUCCUUAAUAAUGUUUGCCAUCUUCACCACAUUUUGAUGUUGGCUAGCCAUCGUUUUUCACCUCUGAAAUGUUGGAAAGCAUGCACAUGUACAAAGCGCUUUUCAUUUCACCGCUGUGUGAAAGACUGCUCUCUUAUUGCAGAAAGAAAGAUACUCAAGAUGAUGUAAAACCCCAAAACACAAGCAACUAAAAACAACAGAACGUCUUUUUGUCAAGGCAUGAAGAACUUCAAACUCAAAUAUGGCUAGUAUUUUUGGCACCACUCCUGUUUGCCUUUCAUGAAUGGUGCAUCUACAGUGCAGAAAUAAUGUGGUUUGGCACCACUUUAAGUGCGGAAGUGCCAUCCUAUGGAA